AUGGCAACUAGAUGCGCCCAUCUCGGCCUGUCACAGGUCUAUGAAAAUACAUGUGAUAGGACGACAACACAGUCAACAAGUCCAGGUGACAAUGUCACACAUGCCACCGUACUGCAAACAACCAUCGAUAAAACCUAUGAGUGCGGAAUGUGUGACCAAUCAUUCCCUAAGAAGAGACAGCUGGCAGUUCACAAGCGCGUACAUGCCGGCACGCGACCGUACUCCUGUGAUAUUUGCGGUAAAGCAUACACCAAGGGUACAAAUCUAAGCCGCCACAAACGGAUACACACCGGCGAACGACGGCACCUGGAUCAGCACCGGCUUACCCAUAAAGAUCAGGCUUACAUUUGCGAUAUCUGCAGUAGGAAGUUUACCGAAAACAGUAGUCUCACGCGACACAGACUUAUCCAUGCAGGUGAGAGAUCGCACAAGUGCGAUAUUUGUGGCAAAGAAUUCAUAACUAGUGCUGAACUCACUCGCCACAUGCGCAUGCAUACUGGCGGGCGCCCGUAUAAGUGUGAUAUCUGUGGCAAAGGCUACGUAGAAAGCAGCAGUUUGAAACAUCACCAGCGUGUUCACAUCGAUAUGAAUCUUGCGGAUCAAAUAUUCAGUUGCGAUAUCUGUGAAUGCAUUUUUUUAAAAAAUAUUAAUAUCGAAUGCACUUUCCCCUAUUUUCUUUCUAGACAGACAACACAGUCAACAAGUCCAGGUGACAAUGUCACACAUGCCACCGUACUGCAAACAACCAUCGAUAAAACCUAUGAGUGCGGAAUGUGUGACCAAUCAUUCCCUAAGAAGAGACAGCUGGCAGUUCACAAGCGCGUACAUGCCGGCACGCGACCGUACUCCUGUGAUAUUUGCGGUAAAGCAUACACCAAGGGUACAAAUCUAAGCCGCCACAAACGGAUACACACCGGCGAACGACGGCACCGUUGUCGGAUAUGUGAUCAGCACCGGCUUACCCAUAAAGAUCAGGCUUACAUUUGCGAUAUCUGCAGUAGGAAGUUUACCGAAAACAGUAGUCUCACGCGACACAGACUUAUCCAUGCAGGUGAGAGAUCGCACAAGUGCGAUAUUUGUGGCAAAGAAUUCAUAACUAGUGCUGAACUCACUCGCCACAUGCGCAUGCAUACUGGCGGGCGCCCGUAUAAGUGUGAUAUCUGUGGCAAAGGCUACGUAGAAAGCAGCAGUUUGAAACAUCACCAGCGUGUUCACAUCGAUAUGAAUCUUGCGGAUCAAAUAUUCAGUUGCGAUAUCUGUGGUAGACAGUUUCUUGAAUCUAAAGAACUUACGCAGCACAAACUUAUCCACAGCAAAGAUCGAGAAUUCAGAUCUGAAGUCUGGUGGCGGGUUUAAAAAAUAUUCUCACAUAACUCGGCACAUGCAAAUCCAUUCAAACGAACGCCCGUACAAAUGUGACCUCUGCGGGCAGGAGUUUCUUCGAAGAGCACAUUUGACCCAGCAUAAUCGCAGGCAUGUUGGCGAACGACCCCAUGACUGUGAAUAGUGUGGAAAAAGAUUUGUUGAACGUAGUCAUUUGAUGGGACACAAGAAGCUGCAUGAAAGGUCAAGGAAUGGUAGCAGGCGAAAAGGAAAAAUUAAGGAUUCUACCGUGACCGAAAGCAUCCACGCGGUCACUGGAGGCGGUAAUGGGAAAAUAGAAGAGGAAAAGCAAGUUCUAACAUAAAUUAUCUGAUUGAAAGCAAUGUAAAUAGAAGUCUUGUUUAUUAU